AUGGCUGCAGGAGUCUUCAUGCAGGAGUCUGAAGAGUUUUUGUUGGCUUUACUCCGUGCAUUGGAUAAUCUUCCUGUGAACCUUCACGCACUACAAACCUGUAAUGUUGGAAAAUCGGUUAAUAAUUUACGUAGCCACAAAAAUUCUGAAUACAAGGAAACAAACCUUCCUGUUGAAUCUGAUAUUGUUAGAUGCAACAUUAGGACUCUCUCCAAUUUUGGCAGCAGUAGUAAUGUUAGGUUGAAUUCAAAAAUGGAUAAGUUAGGGGUUAUUCAGGUUCACAAUGGGAAAUUUGCUCAGAAUAAUUCACUGGAUGUUUUGUCUAGGGGAGUUAAAGGUAAUGAAGGAAGGAAGGGGGGUGGUAGCCUUAUUAAAAGAAAAAAGAUUAGAAGUCUGAUAACAAAAAGAAGGGCUGAUUUCUUUCUUAUACAAGAAACGAAAUUGAAAGAUAUUAAUGAGGCGAUGGUUAGAAGUUUGUGGGGGGAGGAUGAUAUGGAUUUUUCUUUUUCAGCUUCGGAAGGAUUAUUAGGUGGAUUACUAUCCAUUUGGAGAACUCAAACAGUUACUGUCUUGGCUAGUUUUUCUGGACCGGGGUUCCUUGGAUCAAAAUUUUUGUGGAAAGGAGAUUAUUUCUAUGUUUUUAAUGUUUACUCUGCUUGUGCUUUGCCUCUAAAGCGUAUUUUAUGGACCCAGUUGAUUGAUCUGAAAAACAAAUAUCAAGACAGAGAACGGAUAAUAGCGGGAGAUUUUAAUGCGGUAAAAAAGAGGAGCGAGAGAUGUGGCCUUUCUUCUAGGAGUUGCAAUGUUGAAUGGAGAGAGUUUUCGGAUUUCAUUGAUGAAACCGGGCUUGUAGACGUGCCUUGCAAAGGCAAGAGGUUCUCUUGGUUUAGUGGGGAUGGAAAAUCGAAGAGCAGAAUCGAUAGAUUUCUUAUUUCCAAGAAUAUUAUCUUGUCUUGGGGGGUGGUAGGACAAUGGAUAGGCAUGAGAGAUGUUUCCGAUCAUUACCCGGUGUGGUUGAUGGUUGACAAAGAAGAUUGGGGUCCAAAACCGUUCAAGUUCAAUAAUGAAUGGUUUAAUGACAAGAGCUUCUAUGACUUUGUUAAGAAGGAGUGGGAGGGGCUUAUCAUAGAGGAGAAUGUGAAGGAGCUAAAUGAAGGGGACGAUAGGGAUGUUUGGGAGGAAGAUAUUCAUCUUAAUAAAGUCAAGGCCUCUAAGAACAUUUGGUUCAAUCUUAAACUCAAGGAGAACAUGUUGAUUCAAAAAAGUAGGUUGAAGUGGCUAGAUGAUGGGGAUGUUAAUAGUAGAUUCUUCCAUAACGCGGCGAAGGAGAGGAGGCGUAGGAACUGUAUUUGCUUGAUAGAUUCUAAUGAAGGGGUCGUUUCUUCGGUUAAUGAGGUAAGGGAAAUGGUGAAGACUCAUUUUGAAUGCAAAUUUAAGGAGGAUUGUUUUGAAAGACCUUUGUUGGAUGGUAUUGAUUUUAAAUCUUUGAGUGUCAACCAAUCUUGUUCAAUAGAGGAUCCUUUUUCGAUAGAGGAAAUAAAGGCGGCGAUUUGGAGUUGUGAUGGCACUAAAAGUAUGGGGCCGGAUGGUAUUUCGCUUCUUUUUAUCAAGAAAUGUUGGCCUUUUUAA